AUGGUAUCAUUGACAGUUUUGGCCCUCGGGCUAUCCGCCCUCGUGCACCCAGCCGCCGGGCGCCGCAGCGGUUGCAAGCCCCGGUCCACAGUCCUAGAGAGCAGCAUCAGCACCAGCACCAGCCCAAGCAUCAGCAUCAGCACCGACACCAGCACCACCGCCGAUGUAAGCGCCAGCCCUACCCCGAGCGCCGGCCCCGUCACAGUCGUCAACGUAGCCACCAACGGCAACUUCGCCGUGCGCGACGCCACAUGGCCCGGCGGCGUCUUCGGCUUCAACAGCACCGGCCGCGUCGAUUUCAACGACAACCACGGCUACCGCCCCGACAACACGGGCGACACCGGCUGUGUCCGGAUGGUGCGGGGCCCCGGCAGCAGCAAGAGGAAGCGGCAGGAGUCCGAGUUCCCGCCGGCGGUCCUGGAGCAGUACAUGCGCGACCUCGAGCCCGACACCGUGUACACGGUUCGUCUGUUCUACACCGUCAACCAGAACACGGGCGCGGGCGACUGCCGCCUCGACGGCUACUUUGGCGGCGCCCUCUUCGACUCCACCGACGUCUUCCCCGUGGUGAGCGGCGCGACCGAGGGCGCCACGCCGUGGGUCGAGUUCCUGACGACCACGACCGUCGGCGUCUCGGAAGCGUGGCUCACUUUCGUCGUCGACUGCGAGGGCAGCGGCCGCGCCGACGUCUUUGUCGACUCGCUCUUCCUCUCCAACCAGGUGACCCCGAGACCAUCGACGACGUCAUCAUCGCCAACCCGCCCCCGGCCGACUUCAUCGUUCCCACCCCGACCCCGUCUUCCCUACGCGGCUGCCCGAGACACCCCCACCACCGUUAUUCCACCCACGACCACGACACAGGACGACGACGACACCCCGUCCCCGACGCAAUCGGUCUGGUGUCCCGCCGGCGCCCCGUCCGCCCCGGGCCAGUGCUACUAUGCAUCCCCCACCCCCAUCGGCUCCACCUGCUGGGUAUCGGCCGAGAAGGAGCUCGCCAACUCAGAGACGUAUGGCGUCUCUAGGGAGCAGUUCCCCAAACAAAACAGCAUCAUGGACUGCGCGCUCAUCUGCAAGCUCACCGAGGACGUGUGCAAGGCGUUCGCCUGGACCGCCGAGGACGGCUGCAUCCUGUCCCCCGUCCGCCUCUUCUAUGCCGGCUACACCCGUCUGACGCCUGCCACCCAGUUCUACUGGAACGACUUGGGCUGCGCCGACUGCCGCAUGUGCUCCAACACCCCGCCCUCCUCCACCACCACCACCACCGCCCCGACUCCGAGCUCGACCUGUCCCCUCGUCUACGGCCAGGGCUGCACGCUCCCCUCGGGCCCCGCCGAGGGCGCCACCUGCGUCGCCAGGGGCUCCAACAACGCGCUCGAGUGCGCGGCUACCUGCCGGCUCCUGGACAACUGCGGAGCCUUUGCGUUUGACUAUGAACGCAGAGCUUGCCAGUUUGUCACCACGACGCUGGCGGAAGCGGGCUUUGCGCAGGGCGUCCUUGUGGAUCUGGCCUACUGGUAUGACAAGGCCUGCUACGAUUGCGUCGACUGCCAGCCGUAA